UCAGUCGUUCGUUGGAGCGCGUCCUGGCAGCAACGCGAGCGAGGCGCUGCUCCUCUCUCAGAAGCUCUGUUGUGUGUGCGUCGCAGAGGUGAUGAUGUAGAUUGUUUCUAGUACCUACAAGCUACUUAAACUCGAGUCGAGAGGUAAUGCUAUAAGACUGGAAAAAGUCAAAAUGGUAAAUACAAGGCGUUUGUCCAAAAUGAGUGUUGCAGUCUAUCUAGUGAUGGUCGGUGCCAUCUCCGCGAACUGGGUGCCAUAUACGCUAGGCGGCAAUACCGUCAUGGUGGACAGCAGUGCCCUGGGACACAGCAAACCUCUUCUGAUAUACCUCCAAGAGGGUAUGCCUCAUCGUAGAAAUUCUGACGAAGUCAAUGACAACGCAGAGGCCGUGGACACGGAAGGGAGCGUACCAGAUGCAGGCGCGGAACGCAAGACCGAGUCUCCUUCCGAUGCGCCGCACGAAGACGCUGAGCCAGACACUCAGGCAUCAAAUCUUUUCACCAAUCAAUUUGGAUUCACCAAAGAUAAAAACGGCAAUCUGAACAUCGACGUGUUUCCCACAUCCCAGACCUGGGACUGGGAAAACCAGGAUGUUCUUCCCGGCACCCACGAGUCCCUGUACUACGCUGUCCAGACCCCAGACGCCAGCCACGUCUCGCAGAAGAUCCAUAAUAUCGUGACGACCCUCAACCAGAAUAACGCCGGCGUGAAGUUGAACGACCGAGCGCCCAUCGAUGCCUUUCCCAUCAUGCCCGCCCGCCCAGGAGACGUCCCUCCCGUCCUGAGCGAAAGCGGGUUUGCCGGUGUGUCUGUGAUGCACAAAGUCCCACAGGACACUGAACCCUACGACGAGUCCACGACAAAUACUGGAAAUUUCAAUCUGUACGUAAAUAAUGAUCCCAUUGAGUCAGCGACCCCAGAAGGAGGCGUUUAUCAAUACGAAGAUCAAAUCAUUUUCGAACCACCGGCCUUCCCGUCCCUCAGUUCGUGGGUCAAUGUUGAUCACAGAAUCAAACAAAAGGAUCCCUCCGUGCAUGCAGCGACGGGUUUGCAACUAGGAAGUCCGCACGCGGCGCCUCUCGCACCCAGUGACCUACAUCGCCCCGGCCAUGACUCAUCGAACGCUCCAGAACAAAUCGCUGAGCAAGUUAGCGAUUCGCUCGUCGCGGUCUCUGCUGCCGACGAGAAGCAGGCAGCGAAUACCAAAGAUGAGUCUUCAGUUACUAGUACGACACAAGUUUCUGAUGUCAGUCUGGAUGUAACCCAACUCCCCGAAGUCACACAAGAUGCACCUACAAUUGCCAGUGCUACUCACGUCACUGAUGUCAGAGAGGGUGCUUCUCCAACCAGUGACGUCCCGAGUGUCUCUCAGGACAACGGUAUUAUCACUGAAGCGGCUAUUGAGUCCACCAGUGAAGCGCAAAGUACUGUUCAGAGUGAAGGUUCAGUGAGUGACAUUUCCAGCCAACAAACGGAAAAUGACGCUCUGAUAGAAGCCAGUGUGGCAAAUCCAAUGCAAAGUUCAGCCCAGGGUCAAGAAGAAGCCACAGAAAAUCCAGAAAACGGGAACGACGACCUCGGUGGUGAAGUCUCCACGAUCCCCGAUGUCCUAGAAACGACAGAGGCAUCUUCUGAAGUGAACACGACAAUCCCUGUGGAUGAGUUCCUGCUUCAGAAGGAGGAAGAAUUAAGACUCAAGGAAGAACAGGAGAAGCAAGCGAUGCUAGCCGAGCAGCAGGCUCACCUUGCUCUUGAACUAGCGAUGGCAGACCUCUUCACAGAUUUCACCAAAGAUGAAAAGACUAAUCAGUCCGAGAGCGACACCGAUGAAGUUGAAGGAAAUCCAUUAUCCAUUACUACAAUUGAGCGAGAUUCCUCGGACCUGCUAGACGAGUCCGAUCAAAGAGCUGAUUCUCAGCUUCAGGAAACACAGACAGACAUUCCUGAGAUCUAUCAGACAACAACAGAAUCUAGACAGUCAGACGACCAACAAAUCAUCCAGAUAACAAGAGUAGAUGAACAGUCAACCAACGACCAGGAAACCAACGCUGAUGACCGCGUUGAAAGCUUUGUCCAUCAACCCACUUUGGAAGGAGAGUCAGACAUGAGUCAGGACGCGCGAGAAGAGGAGCAGUUUGGCACCACGCAAGAAGCUCUGGAAAAGCAGGCGGACGACCUGCCUGUUAGCACUCAAAAAACUAUAGUUAGAGAGUCAGGAGAUAUUCAGGAAACGCAGUUAGAGGAUCAGGUCGUCACCACUCAGGCACCCCAAGCAGAGAGGCAACCAGACGAUAUUCAGAAAGCACAGCUGGAUAGCAGUCAAGUUACCCUAUUUGACGGACGGCCAGACACCAGUCAGCAGACCCAUGUGGAAGAUCAGCUCAGCGCUUAUCCCGCGACCUUGGAAAAAGAAAAGCCGGGCAGCAGCGAAGGGACGCUAGAAAUCAGGCCCCUGCCAAGCACGGACGCCACGCCCUUGCCCACCUUGCCCAUUCUGUACAUGGGCAACCCGUCCCUCCUGAGCGACUUCCCUCCGACGCGCGAUGGGCCGACGUCCUCACAGACCGACCUCCACUACUCCCCGGCCGCCGGCGUCGACCUCCGCCCCAUCACCACAGACCAGGAGGACGGCGUGUACAACCAGAGGCACAACCCGCCCGGCCCCGAGUCCAGCCUCAUCAGCUGGUACGACCGCGACCCCAUAACCAUCUUCGACCCCCACCACCACUCGUCGAAGGUCACGGGGGCCCCCGAGAAGUCCGGGACGCCCAGCCCGCAGGACAACGACAUCCAGACUGGGGGAGGAGGCAUCCCGGGCCACCAGCCGCCCAGGCUCGACACCAACGACGAUGACGUCUUCCUUCCCGAAGAGGCAAAUAACACGGUGUCUCUUGUGAAGAAUGGAGCUGUUUUCCACGCCGCUAAUCCCAGCCUCAUUGAGAAGAGAACAUGCAGAUGUGGUCUGCGGUUCAACACAAAGAUCGUCGGCGGAGAUCCAACAGAUAUUGCACAGUAUCCGUGGCAGAUUGGCUUGGCCCAGAAAUACGACAAUUUUGUUUUCUGCGGAGGUUCCAUCAUCAACGAUCGAUAUAUCCUCACAGCCGCCCACUGUGUUGAUGGAAACUAUCCCGAAAACCUGGUCGUUCGCGUCGGUGAAACAACAAGAUCGGGUCCUGCAAUAACCAUAGAUGUAGAGAGAAUCACAGUUCAUGAAAAGUACAGCCACGAGUCGAUAGUCUCCUACGACAUUGCUUUACUGAGAUUAGCUUGGCCUAUUGAGUUCUCCGAGUCGGUUUUGCCCGUCUGUCUUCCGAAUAAUAAUAAGAAAUUCAGCAACAAGAAAGCGGUCGUCACCGGAUGGGGAAAAGAUAACUCCGUUGGCAAUGUACAGGAGAGGUUACAUGAAGUUACAGUCAAGGUUUUAUCAACGAAGAAGUGUAGAAAAAAUUCAGAAUAUGACAAGAAGGAAGUUCAUAAGAACAUUGUCUGUGCAGCGUCUAGAGAUAAAGAUGCUUGUCAGGGCGACAGCGGCGGGCCUCUGGUAGUUCUCGAGAGCGACUCCUACACGCAGAUCGGCGUGGUGUCUUGGGGCAUCGGCUGCGCGGAGCCGGACUACCCCGGCAUCUACACCCGUGUCUCAUCGUAUAUGAAGUGGAUCGGGGAUAAUACCCAAGAGGGCGUUAUGUGCCGAGGCCCUUCGGUUAAGGUAAAGGAUAAGAAUAAGAAUAAGAAUAAGAAUAAGAAAAACAAGAGGAAAAAUAAGAAUAAGAAGCAAAAUAAGGACAACAAGGAAAACGAGGACGAAGACGAGAAUAACAACAGAAAAAAGAACAAACCCGCUCUCGCCGGUCAGAUCUUGAAACUCACCGGCGGAGAAACAAACAAACGGAAAGAGAACAGGAACAAGAACAAGAACAAGAAUAAGAAUAAGAACGAAAAUGAAGGAGGGGAUAAAGAAUGGCAGAGUCUCACUCAAGCACUCAAAGGAAUCGCUGAGAUAUUUCGGGAAGAAGCCGACGAUACCCCAACGCCUGAACCAACGGCCGAAAAAUAGUCUCAGUGUUUCACAGCUUUAGGAAGUUUUUUGAGGCUCUAGAUGCCAGACUGGAAACUUGCUCUUGCACUCUUCUCUGUAGUUGUGCUCAUUUGUCGCGCAAAAGGCUCUCCAAUGUUGUCAUAGCUGUGGAAACUUGAGUGUUUUGAGGUAUUUUCAGCUAAAGAUGAAAGGUUUUUUUUUUUCCCCGAGAAACAUUAGACACAUAGAAAUUACAAUAAAUAGAUAAGUGAAUAAAUAGUAAAGACAGUGACAACAAAACAAAAAUAAAAUAAGUAAAAAUAAAUUUCCAGUUUGGUUUAGAGAUAAGCUUUAUUUAUGUUGGUCUCGAAUUUCUAAUGUGAAUGAGGCAUUUUUGAAUGACUUCGGUGUUAUAUUUAUUGGGGUAAAAUUAUGGGGAUAAUUUUUUGGUGGCAUUAUUAUUCAUAUUUAUAUCAUGACUCAUAUUUAUAUAUCAUAUAUAUAUUUAUAUAUAUUUAUUUCACUGAUUAGCAUUUAAUUACCUUAUACAUGAAUUUUAUUUAUCUGGCGAUUUUUUCGCGUUGUUGAUUAAUAUAUAAAACGUAAUCCUAUUGUAGGCGAUGUUGUAUGACUUCAAUACACGGUUAUUUGUU